AUGAGCCAACAUAAUGAGCCAAAACGCAUUGCCGCCAUAAUGCUCUCUUGGCUAGAUCUCGAACUGAUUUCAUGCACAGUCAUUCAAGGCCUGUGGGCGGGCUAUGGCCACAUUUGUGCUAUCACGGCCAAACCAGUUGCGAAUAGCGCGUCCGAAAAGUGGCAUCGACUAUCCAAGGCUCAGGGAAACGACAAAGACAGUGCCAUCCGCCUUGUCCUGAAAAUAGUCCACCCCCCCACUAAGACGGGAGACGAAGGGCAUCUCCGCAAGAUGUUCAGUUACGAGGUUGAGCAGUAUUUCUAUGAUGAAGUUGCGCCUCGCCUCGCCAGUAGUAUCCCCGUGGCCCAGUGCUUUGCGUCAACGCGGAGCAUGCGGCAAAAAGCCAUUGAUGACGGGAUUGACCACGUAAUGGCUACACUAUUGAACGAUCUAAGGCCCGAGUUCCCGGUUGCAGGUGAAAAGAGGGCAAUUCUAUCGAGCAAUCAGGUAUAUGCAGCGCUGGCAUGGCUAGCCAAAUUCCAUAGCAGCUCUUGGGCUCAUUUGCCUCAAGAUCUGAGCGAUUUUCUUCUGCCACCACUCGAAGAAGCUGCGAGGCGCCAAAAAGACGACAAAUGCGGUGGCACAAAUCUCUGGCUGAAUGGCGGUUAUACAUACCUCGCCACUAGGCAGGAGGAAUAUAAAUUGCUCGCGCAUGAUCAUUUCUCGGAAUGGUCUGAUAUAUUUUGCAGCUCAGUAGAUGGUUUGCCAUCGCUGGGUGAAGCUGCCGCUGACUUUCUGAUCCCACGCGGUAGACACUUUGAGACAUAUAUCCAUGGCGAUGUAAAGUCCGAAAAUCUCUUCUCAACAGAAUCCGGCGACGACGUUGUGUUUUUUGACUUUCAAUAUGCGGGCAUUGGGCUGGGUGUGUGUGACCUCGCGAAGCUUUUUACUUGCUCUGUGCCGCUCAGCUUGCUCACGAGUUAUAAACCGAUCCCUUCUUCGUUAAAAAUGGACGAAAACGAGAUGAUUUUACUCAAGCACUACUGGUCUAUCCUCAUGAGCAAUCGACCUCGGCGCGAUAUGCCUGCAUAUAAUUGGGACGAUUUUCUUCGACAUUGGGAAACCGCACUUGUAGAUUGGUGUCGAUUUCAGGCCUCGUGGGGGUUUUGGGGAAAUACAGAAUGGUUAGAAGCCAGAGUCAGGUUCAUUACUCAGGAUGCAGACUGGAAGGAUUGGCUUCAGCGCCAGCAACGAAUUGCCAGCAAUUAG